AACCGAUGGGAUCAAUUGUAUUUUUAUUAUUCGCAUUCUUAGAUGAAAAUGAGUACAUAGCCAACUAGGAAGAUAAAUUGCUAGCAAAGAUGAGGAAGAAACAGGUAUGAUAAUCUCUAAUAGAGGAACGAGAAUUGGAGCAAUUAAAAUUGUAUGAGCAAUAACAAACAGAACAAGAAAGAAGAAAAUAUUCAAUCUUAGAAUCGACACGUUCAAAAUAACAAUAAGUGGAAUUAGCAUUAAAGGAGAAGAAAUAAAUGGUGAGUCUAUUUCAUUAAAAUUAUCAUCUAGAUAGAAUUAAAAAGAAAAGAAAAAGAGAAGGAAAAAUUACUUCAGGUGCAAAAGAUGGAAUAAGAAAAAUUAAAAGAAUUGACAGAAAGGGAAAUAAGUCGAGACUUGAUUCUUUACGAAUUACAUAGCAAUAAAAACAUUUAAAAAAGCCCAAUUGCAGAUAAGGUUAAGCCGUCUCUAGUAAAAAAGUAAAAGUAAUAUUUAUGCAAGAAUAGCUUAAGGAAUAAUAAAUACAUAAUAAGAAGAGAUUUUGAUGAAGAAAAUACAAUUGGAUAAAUUAUAGAAGGAGUAGGAGGAGCAGAUUAAAGAUUUGAGAGAGAGAAAAGAAUAAUUAUUGAAAGAAUUAAAGUAAGCGAAAAAAAAGCAAUUAAAAAAAGUAAGGCAAAGAAAUGAGGAAGAAAAACAAUCUUAUUAAUAAGAGAAACAAUAGAAAAUAGAUCAAUAUUAGAAAAAGUUAGAUGAGAUUGAACUUACUUAGUAGGCUAAAAUAGAAUAGCUUGAAUAAAAGAAAAAGGAGAAAAUGGAAAAACUAAAGAGAGUGAUGGUUAAUAUAUUAUUUUGAUAUUUGUAGGAGAAUUACAAGAAAAUAAUGGCUGAAAAGAGUGAUAAAGCUUAACAGAAAGUAUCUCUAUUAGAGGAUAAAAUCAAUUAGAUUUCAGAAAAAAUGAAAUUUACAGAAGAAAAAAUAGAAAAAAUAGAAAAAGAAAAGGCAAGACAUAGAUAGAAUGUACUAUUUAUUAUUAUAUUGAGAUAAAAUCAAGAAAUGGCAGUAUUUAAAAUAACAAAUCCUAAACCUUUUAAGAUAAAAUUAGAUAAAAGGAAGAAGAACAUCUAAAAUCUAUUACAGAAACUCAAUCAAUUUCUAAAAUUAAAUUGUAACAAGAAAAACAAAAAAAAGAAGAACUGAUACGAGAUCAUAAAAAGAAAGCUGAAAGCAUCUUAAAAGAAAUGGUGGACAUUAAAAAUAAGAAGCUAAAAGAGAAACUAAAUAAAGCAUAAUAAUUUAAGGAUGAAAAAGAAAAAUUAUUCAUGCAAUAAUAAAAACUAGCUAGAGAACUUGACCGUCAGAAGUAGAAAUUAAUGAUGCACAGUCCUAGAUAUAAGGCAGAAGAGAAGUGA